CUCACACACAGGUUCAACUGUGUAACUAAUAAAGCGAUCAAAAUCUAGCCAAACAAAAAUGGGAUCUCAAGAAUCACCAAUAACAACAUGAAUACAAAAAAACCAACGGCAUCCUUGAAGCAAUAUAUUAACAUAUUGACUGCUACAUUGGAUGGUAUGAUGCUGUCCGGUAGGCAAUGCCAGGUCCGGGUUGACUUCCUCGCACAGACCUCCAAUGAAGAAAGGAUGGCAGCACACAACUUGAAGUGAUCCACAGGCGAUGCACAUACCUAUAGGUACACCACAAUGAGUCAUCAGUUUGCUAACGGUCUGUGCAACGGUCUCUAAUUUUCUUGUGUUUUGUUGGAUAUUUUGACAAAAGAAAUUAAUGGCAUUUACCCAGUUUAGGUCCGUGGUUAUCAAAGCGUUAAUAAUUGCUCUCUUCACUUGCCAAACCCAAAGCAAUGGGUCGUUUUCAUGUUGGGAUUAUCAAACAGGGUAUUACGUAGACCCUCUAGAUUGCACACAUUAUUACCAAUGUCAAGCAGAGAUGUCCCACGUAUCCUGUGGCACCUUAUACUUUAAUGAACAGAUCAAUACCUGUGACUGGCCGGUUAACGUGCAGUGUACAUCGACUCCAGGCGCAACAUUCACCUGCAACGACAAACCUGAGGGUCUACAUUAUUACACAGAUCCAGCAGAUUGCACCAAGUAUUAUACUUGCUAUUUGGUUGAAGUUCGUUUAGCGUGUGGUGCCGGCCAAGCAUUCAAUGAUGUACUGAAUUAUUGCGACUGGAUUGCUAAUGUUCCUGAUUGUCCUAACCAAGCAACCAACGAAGCUAAUGAAAAUGUACAGACAACGCAAAUUAUUCAAACAGAAGACCCCGAAGUAAACAGCGAAGCGUUUUCAUGUUGGGAUCAUCCGACAGGCUAUUACGUAGAUCCUUUGGAUUGUACACAUUACUACCAAUGUCAAACAGAGAUGUCUCACGUAUCAUGUGGCACCCUAUACUUUAAUGAACAGGUCAACACAUGUGACUGGCGCAGCAUUCACUUGCAACGACAAACCUGA